GAUCGGGGCUGCCUACUUGCUGAAAUGAUGGGAGCCGUUGAGGGGGUGUUUCUGGUUCUGAUGAUCACCCAGUUCAUUCUUGGAAAUCUGGGGAAUGGUUUCAUUGGUUUGGUCAAUGGCAGACGCUUGUUCAGGAGCAAGAGAAUCUCUUUAUCUGACUUCAUCAUCACCAGCCUGGCCCUCUCCAAGAUUGUUCUGCUGUGGAUUUUCUUGAUUGAUGGUGUUUUGAUAACAUUCUCUUACAAAAUGCAUGAUUCAGGAACAGUAAUGCAAAUUAUUGAUAUUUUCUGGACAUUUACAAACCACCUAAGCACAUGGCUUAUCACCUGCCUUGGUGUCCUCUACUGCCUGAAAAUCGCCAGUUUCUCCCACCCUACAUUCCUCUGGCUCAAGUGGAGGGUUUCCAGGGUGGUUGUUUGGAUGCUGUUGGGUACACUGCUUUUGUCAUGUUGCAGUAUCAUGUCCCUGAUCAAUGAAUUUAAGAUCAAUUCUGUGCUCUGUGGAAUUGAUAGCACAGGUAAUGUGACUGAGCACUCCAGAGAGAAGAGAAGUGAAUAUCAUCUGAUCCACUUUCUUUGGAUUCUGUGGCACGUCCCUCCCUUAACUGUGUCCCUGACUGCCUAUGUUCUGCUCAUUCUCUCUCUGCGGAGACACACAUGGCAGAUGCAGCAAAAUGGCACCAGUUCUAGAGAUCCAAGUACUGAGGCCCACUAGAGGGCUACCAGGAUUAUCCUGUCCUUCCUGCUUCUCUUCCUACUUUAUACUCUUUCCUUUAUAAUUUUGUCAUUCAGUUGUCUCCUACCAGAUACUAAAGUGGCUCAGAUGAUUGGUGAAAUAUUUACAAUGUUUUAUCUUGUUGGCCACUCAUUUGUUCUCAUUCUGGGGAACAACAAGCUGAAACAGACAUUUAUGGCAAUACUCUCUUAUAAGUCUGGUCAUCUGAAGCCUGGGUCUAAGGGACCUUCUCCCCAUAGUUAG